CCCCGCUGAGUCCGUGCGAGUCGCGGUCGCCAUCUCCCUGUCGCAGCACGGUGUCGCCGGCGGUGUCCACCCAGGGGGAGGACGGCACGUCUUCCCGAGACUCCGGCGCGGGCACCAGCGGCGGCGGCGGCGGCUCCUCUUCGUCAAAGACGUCGAACAAUCCCUACGCGGCCGGUCUCAAGCCACGCUGCAAUUCGGAGGAACUUGUGCACGUAGACUGCCACCUCGAGAACAAGGACCUCUGGGACAAGUUUCACGAUCUCGGCACCGAGAUGAUCAUCACGAAGUCCGGAAGGAGGAUGUUCCCUACCGUACGAGUUUCCUUCUCCGGGGUGCAGCCCGACGCUCGGUACAUUGUGCUCCUGGACAUCGUUCCUGUGGACAACAAGCGGUACCGGUACGCGUACCACCGGUCAUCGUGGCUGGUGGCCGGCAAGGCGGACCCUCCGUCGCCGGCGCGCCUCUACGCACAUCCGGACUGUCCCUUCACGGGGGACCAGCUGCGCAAGCAGGUCGUCUCCUUCGAGAAGGUCAAGCUCACCAACAACGAGAUGGACAAGCAGGGACACAUUGUCCUGAACUCCAUGCACAAGUAUCAACCCCGUAUACAUCUGGUCAAGCGACGGCAUAACGCCCCGAACGUUCCCGUUAACGAUCUCGAAGCUGAACAGUUUCGAACGUACGUGUUUCCCGAGACGGUCUUCACAGCUGUCACGGCGUACCAAAAUCAACUGAUAACGAAAUUAAAAAUAGACAGCAACCCCUUUGCGAAAGGGUUCAGAGAUUCGUCGCGGCUUACAGAACUUGAAAGGGAGACCAUGGAGUCGCUGAUCAUCGACCACCCAUUCGCGCGCACGCCCUUGCGCACCUUCCUGGAGAACGGCGGCGACCCCGAGACGGCGGCCUACCUGCACGAGAAGGGACUACUGGGCGGCCUGGGCCCUCCGUCGGCGGCCGCGGCCGUGGCGCGAGCGUCGCUCCUGUGGAAGCCGCCCGGCAUGGAACUGUACGCGCAGCCGUCGCUGUACGCCCUGGGCGUGCGCGCCCCUCCGCCCGCGGGCAUACCGGCCCAGCUGUGGUCCCAGUGGGCGGCGGCCGCCGCCGGCGCGGCUCUGCCGCCGCACCUGGCCACGGUGCUGAGCGGCGGAGCAGCAGCCGCGGCCGCUGCGGCGGCGGCGGCGGGCGGCGCGCUGUUCCCGCCCAUGAUGCGGCCCGCAGCGUCGCACACGGAGACACUGCACUCGCUUGGACUGUACCGUUACGCGCCCUACGUGUACCCGAAGAAGGACAGCCCGUCGGCCGCGGGCUCGCCGGCCACCACGCCAGACGCCAGCGACGCGGCGCCCACUUCCCCGCCGGGCGGCUUCCGCUCGUAACGACGGCCUAUUUAUCGGCCGCGGCCAUUAUUUAUAGACUGUGCGAACGGGUGCGCCGAUCACGGACAGAGACGAAAGGGCUUCAGUCGUUGCGGCAACCGCCGACGCGCUCCGCUGCCGCCGCGUCCUCUGGCGACCUCCGACGGCGAAGGACGUGCUGUUGUGUCCCCCGCUGCAGUCUCCUCUCGGACUAUGACGACAAACGUGGACUGUCCUCGGACACGAGUGUAUUUGUGCUCUUUGGAAUUGUGCAAUGUUCACCGAACAAAAUAAGAACGCGUCUGAUGUACACGCGUUGGGGAGGGCAUCAUUUUGUUUUUGCUCCCUUUUUCUUCCAUAUGAAGCAGGAAGUAAUGUACACGGGUCCUUUAGGCAGCAGCAGCGUUGUUCGCUCAGCCGGCUUUGAGUUUAAAGAAUAAUUCAUGAGUCAUGCUUUUCAAAUUAUCCUAUUAAUAUUUAUUUGAGGAACGAGGCAGGACAAAUUUCAUCCCGUAUAAAUGCCCUUUUUUUUUUCACGUGCUGCAGAACUCUUCUUCUUAGUAGUUAGCUAACAUGAGCUGCCAAGGGGAGGAGUGUAUUCACGUAAUGCUUACGAAAACUGCGAUAAGCAACAAGAAGCUUUCAAUUAUCGCAAUUCCCUCGUUCGGCUCUGACGAGUCUCAAACUGGGCUGUCCUCCGCAUCCCCUCUGUUGUACAUACAAGAUCAAACGCGUUCUUUCUGCGAAAGUACCUUCACGGCUCGUCACAGUCCGACAACGACGCGGCUAUUGUACUCCAACGCGAGGCGUACUUCACCAAACACGUCGUGGCCGCUUAUAUCCCCGAAUGCCUCUGGCGAGUGCGACGCUCGGCCUCGCAGGCCGUUUGGAAAGCAAGGUCGGCCGUUGCCGGGGGCUAAUUAAGCGAGUUGGCACUAGGUCCCCGGGAGACAGCGAAAUGAAAGCGAGUAAGGCUGCUGCAGUUUGAGAGGAAGCGGGAAACGAACUUCGCUCGUGAUAAGCUCAGAAGAGACGUGCACAAGAACAAAGCUCUCGGAGAGUUGCAUCUGUCCUGUCCAACCGUAUCUCAGUGAGAAACGGAAGGGGUUCAUCGGGAAGGCAGCGCACGUAAGCACAGCGAACCGAAGGAGAGUUGCGCCCUCGUGUGUUGCCCCCCCCCCCCCUCCCUGGAGACGGCGCGCUAUCAGCGGCUGCGACAAGCCGCGUUCUCGUAUAACGUCUGCGGCGCGCUGCUGCCCCCUUGUCUUUCGACCUGGACACCGGACCGGCUGUGGCUGAUCUGUUCGAUGUGAUUUGUGCGUGUAUGCUUGCGUACUCUGCCUGACACCUGCGUUAAGCUUCAGGAACCUGGCGUUUCGCUGAAAUGCCCUCCCCCUUUCUUCUCGUCGAGGAGACGACUGGUAUUUAAAUGUAAAACUGUGUACAUAAGAAAUGUCGGCUGUUUGGAAUGAAAUAUAUAUUAUAUAUACAUAUAUAUUAUAUAUAAAUGAAGACUUUUAUUUCUGUAACUUAUUUACUUGCCCCCCCCCCCCCCCCCCUGUU